UUUCUCAAGCUUGGCCUCAGUUUUUUCGUCACUCCUCUCUCUCUCUCUCUCUCGUUUUCUCUUCUCCAGUAUUUUCCCGGAAACUGUCACUCAGCCCUUUUCGUCUUCGGAUCGCUCUCUCUGAUUCUCUGGUGAAGUAGCGAGACAUCGUGGAAGUGAAGGGUGGGCAAACUGUGCCUGGGAACCAAGAGACUCAGAUGAGACCGUCUUCCUGGCAGUGUAGUGAUUUCAAUGCAGGCAUCAUUCCGAUCAAGAAAAGGAAGUUCCUUUUCCGGCCCCCUGCUGAAGAAGUUUCUUCCACACUGUCUGACAACAGUUGUCAACUUAAUGACCAAAGUGGUUGUGGUGAUGCGAAGAGUGUUCCUUGUUCAUUAGAUGUGAAUGAGAACAUGGAAAAGACACUGCCCGAAGAGAAGAGAGGAUCUUGUGUCACUGCUGAUGUAACAGAUCAAACAAUCACUGACCAGAUUACUACAACCUUGAGCUCUGGAGAACUGCGCUCUUUGAUUCAGCCUAAGUUUAUUGGAAAUGUUGGGAAGAUAGAGAAGCUUGGUGAUGUUAAAUCUGCUCAUUUCAGCUUCAAUUCUUCAAAAGAGGAAAUGAAACUAUCAGAUACUGAGAAUAUGGUGCGAGGGCUUGUGGGUCAGCCUAAAGUAAAAACUGAGGCAGACUUACCAGUUUCUUCCAUUACUUUUAGAGAGGUCGAGAAAAGAGAGCAGCUUGUUAAGCUUCCUGAUUCUAACACUGUCAGUAGUUCAGUCCAACCCUUUUCUUCAGCGAAGUUACCAAACAAAGAGAAGCUUGUGGAGGUUGAAAGCUCUGGUGUAGUUGUCAGUUUAGGACAAAAUGGGAUGAGAAUAGAUCUAACUGGUCAUUCUAUGCAUGGCAUAAUUGAGGAGACAUGUGGGAGGAAAAAUGUCGGCAGAGAAUGUCAAGCUGAACUAUCGUCUGGUUCUGGUACUGCUAAGUUAUCUCUGGGUUGUAAAACUGGUAAUAAUAUUCAGUACGGGGAGGUAGAAGCAUCUCUUGCAUUGAAUUUGUCGUUGAACAAGGGGGUCUGCCCUCCACAUAACAGUGAUACUACCUCUGUGUCUACUACUGCUGGUGAAUCCGUUGGUAUUAACAGAUCAAAUUGGGACUUAAAUACUACCAUGGAUGCUUGGGAAGAUGCUCGAGGUUGCGCUAGCAUGGGUAAAGCAAAUCUUGCAGUUUUAAUCAGCAAGAGCAGUCCUCGUAACGCCAAGGCAUUGAGUAGUUGUGAUAAAACUGCUAUCGCAAAUCCUGUUUCUGAAGAACAGGAAAAGAUGUGUGUAGGGUUCAGAUUUGAUAUUGCAACUCGUAUGCAGUCUGAUCGUCAAGAUAAUUCCAGAUUUUCACUUAGUCUAGGCCUCAACUCGCAUCCACCUGUUGAGAAUUCUCCUUUAUCAUCUAGAACAGCCCAGACAUGUUCUAGUAAUACAAGUUCUUCUGAGCCAAUGAUCACCGGUAGCGAUGUAAAUCCUGCGAGUCUUAGGAUUGUCAAGUCAGAGCACUCUGAUGAGGUUGUUGGACAAGAAACUGGGAAUGCUAAAAUUUGUCCUGCCAAAUUAUCGCAUAACAGUGUAAAACAGGAACCAGUUGAGAAAUGCAGCCAAGAAACUACUUUGUCAUCUGGCUUUAUGAAGCCUGUGGAUCCUACGUCAAUAAAAUCUGAGCCUAAUAACUGCAUUCAAUCUGAAGUUAUCAACAGGAAAACUGGAACAUUGAAUCAGCCGAAUGAGAUGUGUGAUUUAUCUACUUGUUCUACAUCAAAUCAGAAGGAGAAAAUAAUUCCUUGUUCUACUGGCUACAGAGUACCGGUAUGUUUGAGUGGAAUGACUGUAAAUGCUGGUGGCUUGAACUAUUCUGAAUAUGUAUUGCACGGAAAUUCAGGCCAGAGUAGCAGUGAAGCCCAUGGCAUAUUACACAAGACGUUGAAGCUUACUGAAACCGAUAUGAUCUCCACAUGUUUUGGUCAGGGUGACAGUAUCCGCACUGUGUCUGGUGUGACAGUUGCUUUGUCAGCUGAAGACAAGACUGUAGAUGAUCGCAAGACUUGCAGUUUGAAAGAAAUUCCUUUUAAUUCACACAGAAAAGAUGAAAACUCUCCAAGUGAUGAAGAAAACAUUAAUUUAUCUGGUGAUGUGCAAAAGGAAGACUUUUAUGGUUUCGAUUUUGAGUCUGAUGGUGCUCACGAUAUAUCUAAGGUGGAAAAGAAGCAAGAUGGGAGAAUUAAUGAGGAUGGUAAGGUCCAAAGAUCAGAUGUUUCAGUUGUCUCAGAAGAUAAUUCACCCGCUAAGAAGAGUAAGCUGGAAUAUGCAAUGUGUGGUGGUUCUGAAACUCAAAACAGGGACAUUGCUGUUGUGUUUGGUGACGGCUAUCAAUAUUCCAGCUAUGUUGAUGAAAGAGGAAGUGAAUCUACCGUUAUCGGUGAAACUGCUGAUGAACAUAUCAAAGAAUGUUCAGGUACAUCACUUGAUACUACACUUAAGAAACAUGCUGAUGAUGAUUCAUGUUCGAUGGAAUUAGUUGAGUUGCCAAGCAGCGAAGAAAAGAUUAGGAGGCUUAUUCCAGAACUUCAAAGAAGAGCACUUGAUGAAUCAGGUGAGAAAGAAGGCCAAAUCAUUCAGGAUGGUGAACACUUGUCCUGUCGGGUCACUCACGCAAGUAAAGAAGUAUCUGGAGCAUUUACGGUAUCAAGUUUAAACGUUCAAAUCCCUGAAGUAAUAGACAGGAGUGGUACAGCUUCUAUUGGGGCAGGCUUUUCUACUGGUGAUCCUCUUAAGGAAUUCAGUGGUGGAAGUUUUGAUAAUCGAAUUAUGAACUUGGCUCAUGUUUCUGAUAAAAAUCCGGCUGGACCACUAGAUGCUUCAGGCAGCUUUGGGCCGUCACGUGUGGAAAGAGAAAGAUUGUCUGAUCUUCCAUUUGAAUCGAAGAAAUUUCUCUCACAAGGGAGAGAUGAUGCCUUUCAUGAUGAAUCUUUCAAGUUCUCACGGGAGAGGUACCAUGGCCGGUUCGGGAACCAAAGAUUGAAUUUCACACCUGACAGAAGGAGGUUCUCUGACCGAACAGAAAGCAAUCCGAGGAGUCGGGACUUAGAAAAUUUUGAAUUCGAUAACUAUGGCAGCACUCGUGAGGAUGGUGCUUUUGUCAGGAGUUGUCGUAGAGGGAGAAGGUCAUGGAAUGAUCAAGCAACUUUUUUCUCUCGUUCAUUUUCCAGAAGGCGAUCCCCUGGAAACUCAGAGGAUGCAUUUGCAUUUCAUGAACAUGGAGAUGGCGAGAAAUUUACAAGGGAGAGGGGCUUACCACGCAACAAUACAGACCAUAUGGUGAGGCCUCAUCAUUCAUAUGAAUAUUUGGAUGAUGGCCCUUUCGUUCAAGGGCAAAGAGAUAUUUCUACCAACCACAAAAGAGCUUUUCCUCCGUUUCGUUCACGAUCUCCGACUAGAUCAAGAGCACGGUCUCCUGGUCCUUGCUCAUCUUUUAGUAAUAGAUCUCCAGAUGGAUUUGCUGGGCAUCCAGAUUUGACUCGUCGGAGAUCAUCUCCAAGUUACAGGAUGGAGAGGAUAAGAUCACCAGAUCAUUCUGGUUUUCCAAGAGACAUGAAUUUUAGAAGACCCGGUUCUCCCCGUUAUACAUCGAGACCAUCCAAUGAUUUGAGGGAUGUAGGCUUUGGAAGAGGCCGUGGGUUUUCAAGGUCAUGCACCUCAUACAGGAAUCAGCCUGGUCGUGGUUUUAGAAACCAUGGAAAAUUUAACACCUUGGAUUCACGAGAAAGAGUUGAAUAUGGAGAUGAUACGUAUGAAGGGCCAAGUCAUUUGGAUCGGUUUGGUGUUAACGUGAAUGUCGAGAGAAGAAGGUUUGGUGAUCGACAUGGCGGCCCCCGCUUGUUUAGACCAGCCUUUAAUACAGAUGAUUGCAGGCCCACUAAUAUUGAGAGUGACCCUCAUUCUACGAGGUUUGGACAGGAAGAUGCUACCGACACCAUGGAGGAACGAAGAAACUUAAGAGAAUUUGAUAGACAGAGUAAAAACUUUACUGAGAAUGCAUCUGGAAGAACAAGGAAUGUCGAGGAGAAGGAAGAUGGUGAACAGGUUAAGAAGAGAGCUUGCCAAUAAUUCUGCUACGACCCGGGAGUAACGAACGGCGAGUUUGAUGGUGGAAAGUUCUGUGAUUUUGCAUUAGCCGAUCGAGAUUUAGACAUGUGAUUUUGUUUGAUUAUGAUGGGCUUUCCAGUAACUGGUGAGAGGUUAGGAUUGAAUUUUGCCUGAUGUUACUCGGACCAUCAACACAAAAAGCAAUUUCACAUUCA